AUGCCUCUUACCCUUCCCUGCGAUGCCUGCUCGUUUAGACGAGUCAAGUGCGAUGGGAAGAACCCGUGUAGCACCUGUCUGCGGCGGGAGCAGUCGUGCACCUAUCUCAAGGUCCGAAAGCGACGCGGUCCGAAAGGCCCGAGACGAUCAACCAACGCCAGAGUUCAGGCCAUGCAAAAGAAUCUCGGCAUCGAGAAAAGCUGCUCCAUGCGAGAAUGCUCCCUACCGGCUUCGGACGGUACGCCUGCCUCGCCUACCUCUUCCGCCUCCAGCGACGAUCCCCUGCUUGUCCGACGGCGGAUUUCUCUGUCCACUUACUACACCUACAUUGACAUCUUCCGGAGCCAGCUCUACACUGUGUGGCCAAUCGUCUCAACCAAUGCAUUGAAGGCGAAACUAAACGAUAUUAAGAAUACACAAGCCCACGCCCUGGCAGCCGCGCUGUGCGCGGCAACGCUCGCCCAGCUGCGUCUGCCCGGUCAUAGUCAGGCGCAGGAACCGUUUCUCGUCACCUCGGGCGACUUUGUCCGCGAGUGCAUUCGGCUUCGAGCCGAUUAUGAUGCUCAAAGCAGUGCCAGUUUGGAUUCUCUUCUGACGUCGCUGUUCCUGCAUAUGUACUACGCCAACAUAGAUCAAAUCCCGCUUGCCACGUUCGCUCUACGUGACGCCAUUACCCACGCCCAUCUUCUCAGCCUGGGGAAUGUAGAGCUAUUCAAGGAUUCACAGGACCAGCAACAGUUGAGGCUUCGCAUUUACUGGAUCUUGCUAGUCACAGAACGUACUUUCUGCAUGCAGCAUGACCUCCCAAUCACGCUACAAACAAUAGGCGACUUACCAAUUCCGGUUGAUGACGGUGACACUGAUCCAGCGUUUCUCAAUGGGUUUUGCAACUUGGUCCGGCUCUUCACGCGAAUCGACGGGCCACUGCUCCAAGCACCACACUUAUCCACGUGUCCGACAUACUCCAGAGACAAGAUCACAGAUAUCCAAGCAUCUCUCCAGACCGGAGCGACCAGGGACCCGAUCAUUGAUGAAGUACAACGCGUGGACAUCUGGAUCACCUUGGCCUGGUUGAGCUCCCUGCUUUGGCAAUAUUCGGCGUCCCAUUUUAUGCUCACAUCCGAUUCGUCGAACGUUUUCUUCUCCCCGAGUUAUCCAUUCAUUGUUGCGAGAAACUUUCUCUCACUGGUAUGCGGUGCGUCGCUCGACUCAGUUCGUCCACAUGGCUAUGGCAUGGAAAUCAAACUAUCUCAACUGGCAAACUCGUUAAUAGAUGUCCUGGUAUACGUCCCAUCCUUAUCUAAGAUAUAUGACGGCUCCAACUGGGGACCUCGCCACGCAAUCGUGGAAUUGGAACGCUUACUGGACGUUGUUGCUGGAGGACGGUCUGAGAGAUUGGAUAAACUACACCACCGCAUGGCGCAGAUUGAAUUUACCCCAGCCCCAAGGGAAGCUUUGUCGGAAAGCGACGACCAAGAGUCUGAAGGGCCACCUUCGGAUGAGAUAUCUGAAGCGAAUGACUUAGCUCCACAUCUGAAGACCGUGGACCAUUGGUCUGAAGACAAGAGAGGAUUCAUACUGCAGUUGGGCAAAAGAGAUGGGGAUCUCUCUGCCGUCUUCCCGGAGUUUGGCGUUGAAGUUGUAUCAAUCUUUCCGGCCGACGGAGAUGAGUCUGGUAGAUACGAGGGGAUUUCAUACGACUUCCCCGCCGAUAUUCUCGCUCUGGGAGCUCAUAUGCCUCAUAUACCGCAGUAA